UUUCUAGCCGGAUCUUCCCGUCUUCCAGAUUCGGCGUAUAGGUUUUCAUUCUCUCUCUUCCCCUCUGCUGAACCGGAUACACUUGCAACACAUAAAUACAGAGAGUUUUUUCUCACCAAAUUAUUUUUCACUUCGUUAUUAUAAUCAAUUCGGAUAAUCAGAUUCUUUCUCACUGUGCUGCUUCAUCCGGAGUACUUCACUCAGUUUAGGGCUUUUCUACUUUCUUGCAAUACGAUUUGUAUUCUGGUUACUCGAUCUGAGCAUGGAAGUCCGAGAUUUGACAUUAUCGCCUUCCUCUGCGUCAACGACCCUCCCUGCCCCUAGCCGCGAUGGUUCUUCGCCGGUUGAUGCCUCCGACGAUGCUUCUUUCUCGGUCACCGUUGCGCUAGCAAAAGACGCUGCCUUGCAUUUUCAGUCAGGCAAGUUUGCCGAAUGUGUUGAAGUCUUGAAGCAGCUCUUGCAGAUGCAACAAGACGAUCCCAAGAUGUUAGUUGAUGCCAUGGUCUUUCAUAAUAUUGCAAUUACGAAAUCCUUCCAAGAUGGCUCCUUGAAUCCCCAGAAGUUGCUUGAAGUGCUUAAUUGUGUGAAGAGGAAGUGUGAUGAGCUUGCUCGGGCUUCUGGAGAACAUGGAGAGUCAGUUAAGAAUGUUGGAAACAAAGUUGUUUUGGGAUCCAAAGGAAGUAAUGCUUUGUCACAUCAGUUUUCAGGUGCACAUAGCACCACUACAACAUAUACGGAUGGGUUUGACUCAUCUGUGGCAAUACUAAAUAUUGCAAUCAUUUGGUACCAUCUCCACGAGUAUAGAAAGACAUUAUCAGUUUUGGAACCCCUCUAUCAAAAUAUUGAACCCAUAGAUGAGACAACAGCUCUACACGUAUGCCUGCUGCUGCUUGAUGCUAGCCUUGCUUGCCGUGAUGCAUCAAAAUCAGCUGAUGUUUUGUCUUAUUUGGAAAGGGCAUUUAGUCUUAGUAAUGCGAGUCAAGGUGACAAUGGAAACAUAGCACAGCAACAAUCUGCAAACCUAAUCACCAAGUCUUCAUCAAUCCCUAGUGGUCCAUCAGCUGCAGAUACAUCUAGUUCUGAUCUGGGGCCAGGCGCUAAUGCAUCUGAAAGUAAUCUGUCUAGGGCUUUUUCUGAAGAGGCCCUUGAUUAUGAAGCCCUGAUGCUGGAUAUGGGUGGACAGAAUUUAACCAUCCCAGCUGGUUUAUCAUCAAAUGAUCUAUCAAUGGCAUUGGUUGAUAGGUUUUCUAAUGUUGAGUUGAAGCUUAAACUCCAACUUUACAAGGUUGAAUUUUUGCUGCUAACCAGGAAUUUGAAGCUAGCCAAACGUGAAGUGAAGCUCGCUAUGAACAUUGCACGUGGAAGAGAUUCUUCAAUGGCUCUUCUUUUGAAAUCUCAGCUUGAAUAUGCUCGUCAUAACCACCGCAAAGCAAUCAAGCUAUUGAUGGUAUCAAAUAACAGGACAGACCCAGCAUUUUUGAGCAUUUUCCACAACAAUCUUGGUUGCAUUUACUAUCAGCUUGGGAAAUACCAGACAUCAUCUUUGUUUUUCUCCAAGGCAUUGACAAAUUGUUCGUCCCUUAGGAAGAACCAACCGCUAAAGCUGCCCACUUUUUCUCAGGAUAACGCCCUUCUUAUAGUAUAUAAUUGUGGUAUGCAGUACUUGGCUUGUGGAAAGCCAUUACUUGCUGCUCGCUGUUUUCAGAAGUCUAGUAUGGUCUUCUACAAUAAGCCUCUCUUGUGGCUUCGGCUCGCUGAAUGCUGUCUGAUGGCUUUGGAAAAGGGCCUAAUUAAAUCAAGCCGUGUUUUACCAACAAGAUUGGAAAUUGGAGUUCAUGUUGUUGGGAAGGGAAAAUGGAGGCAACUUGUACUGAACAAUGAGAUUCCAAGAAAUGGAUGUGCAGAGUUGCUUGACAGAUAUGAUUGUCAUCUCAAAAAUGAUGUGCAGCUGAAUUUAUCGAUGUCUCUGGCCCGGCAGUUCCUGUUAAAUGUCCUGUACUUGCUGGAUUCCAACAAGAUGGAUAAUUUAAAGUCUGGCUUGCCUUUCAAUUCGUUAAGUGAGGAAAAUCAUUCAGGUGAUGUGUCAUCCAGCAAUUCAAACAAUAAGAAUUUACUCGGAAUCGAUUUCAAGGCAUUUUCAUUAGCAUUAAGCUUAGGUCAGGCUAAUUCAAAGGGCGACGUGAAAGAGCAAAAGGGAGGUACUAAUCAGGAGGUCAUUCAGAGCUCCCUGUCCCAUUAUGAAGAUAUGUGCAGAAGAGAAAAUUUAUUGAUUAAGCAGGUAGCCCUUGCUAACCUGGCAUAUGUGGAAUUGGAAUUAGACAACCCUGUUAAGGCACUGUCAGUUGCAACAUCUCUUCUGGAACUUCCAGAAUGCUCUAGAAUUUAUCUCUUUCUAGGCCAUGUUUAUUCAGCAGAGGCACUCUGCUUGCUAAAUAGACCAAAGGAAGCUGCCGAGCAUUUGUCAAUUUAUUUGUCUGGGGGAUACGCUAUUGAAUUGCCUUUGAGUCAAGAUGACUGCAAGAAAUGGCAGGUGGAGAGAACUGCUGAAUUUGAAGAUGGAACUGCAGGAUCUGCGCCAGCCAACAUUUCUUCAUCUGACGAUUCUCAACGUAUAGAUUUUCUUAAGCCAGAAGAGGCCCGUGGGAUAAUUUAUGCAAAUUUUGCGGCAUUAUCUGCAAUGCAGGGUGAGUUAGACCAAGCCCAUCAACUAGUUGCCCAGGCGUUAUCCAUAUUGCCGAACAGUCCAGAAGCCACAAUUACUGCAAUUUAUGUAGAUCUCUUGCUUGGUAAGCCGAAAGAAGCUUUAUCCAAAUUAAAACAAUGUAGCCGCGUUAGAUUCCUUCCCAGUGCAAUUACAUUGAAUAAGUCUUAGAGUCUGUUUUAUUCAUGGGCUUUAUCAUUUUUUGCUGAUCUUCUCACAGCUAGUUAGCAGGUAGCUUAAUCUUUUCCAUAGCUUUUGUACCAUGUAUAUAAGUUAAGCGAUUCAGAGAAUAAUUUUUUGAUUUAUUCCUUUAUUAUAGUUUUCAAAUUCAAAUUUAGGAGUCUCAUUCAUAGGUGUGGUGGCUGUCUUUUAAUUUUUGCUGCGGCCACCCUAGAAAUUUGAGGUGUACUUUUUUUUGGGUUGAGUUGUGUUUUACAGGCUAAUUUAGUUUAUAUGUGAAGUAGAGGUCGUGCUAACAUUGAGAAAGAACAGGAAAUUUGAUAAAUCGUGUUUGAAUCUAAUUCCAUCCUUAUUUUCUGACAUCAAA